CUUGAAUUUGGGUGGUGGUUCUGACAUGACCAAGAGUAAGCCGUCGUCGUCGCCGCAUGCCAACGUGCGCCUUCCGGAGCGCCUGUCGUUCCCCGAUGAGGAACUGAAGACGCUGGAGUUGUGGCAAGAGCUGGAUGCGUUCCAGACGUCGCUUCGCCUGUCCAAGGACCGCAAGCCGUUUACGUUUUACGACGGCCCGCCGUUCGCGACAGGCUUGCCGCACCACGGCCACAUCCUCGCGGGUACGAUCAAGGACAUUGUGACGCGCUUUGCGCAUCAAACGGGGCACUACGUGGAACGCCGCUUCGGGUGGGAUUGCCACGGGUUGCCGGUGGAGUUUGAGAUCAACAAGAAGCUCAACAUCCACACAAAGGAAGAGGUGUUGGCGAUGGGGAUCGACAAGUACAACAACGAGUGCCGCGGCAUCGUGCAGCGGUACACGAAGGAGUGGGAGACCACCGUCGCGCGCUUGGGUCGGUGGAUCGACUGCAAGAACGACUACAAGACCAUGGAGCCGUGGUACAUGGAGAGCGUGUGGCACGUGUUUGCGACCAUGUUCCAAAAGGACUUGGUGUACCGCGGCUUCAAGAUCCUGCCCUACUCGACGGCAUGCAACACGUCUCUCUCCAACUUUGAAGCGAACCAGGACUACCGCGACACGCCCGACCCGAGCGUCGUCGUGUCGUUCCCGGUCGUCGGCGACGAAUCCACGAGUUUACUGGCAUGGACGACCACUCCAUGGACGCUUCCAUCCAACUUGGCCCUGUGCGUCAACCCCGACCUCGACUACAUCAAGGUCAAGGAUUUGAAAUCUGACAAGUUUUACAUCGUCGCACACACGCGGCUUGUCCAAGUGUACCCCAAGGUCGACAAGAAGGGGUACGUGGCCGGGUCUGAGUUUGAAAUAGUCGGCGCGCCGUUCAAAGGCUCGACGCUCGUGGGCAAGACGUACGUGCCGCUGUUCGACACGUUUGCCGACUGGCCACAUGCGUUUCAAGUGCUCGCCGACAAGUACGUGACGUCAGACGGCGGUACCGGCAUUGUCCAUCAAGCGCCAGCGUAUGGCGAAGAAGAUUACCGCGUGUGCCUCAAGAACGGCGUCGUAACCAAAACGUUGCUGCCAGACCCGCUGGACGACAACGGCAAGUUCACAGACCAAGUGCCGCUGGUCCAGGGGCUGUAUGUGAAGGAUGCCGACGACGUCAUCUGCAAGGACCUCAAGGCGCGGGACCGCCUCGUGAGCAAGAACACCUUUGUGCACAGCUAUCCGUUCUGCUACCGCAGCGGCACGCCGCUGAUCUACCGCGCCGUGCCAGGGUGGUUUGUGAACGUGGAAAAGAUCAAAGACAAGAUCAUUGCCAACAACCAAAAGACCCACUGGGUACCAGCUUUUGUAAAAGAGAAGCGGUUCCACAACUGGCUCGUGGAUGGGAAAGACUGGAACGUUAGCCGCGGGCGGUUCUGGGGCACGCCGCUGCCGCUGUGGGUAAGCGACGACUACGAAGAAGUGGUGUGCGUUGGGUCUAUCCAAGAGCUCAAGGCGCUGUCGGGGGUCGAUGCCAUCACGGACCUCCAUCGCGAGUUUAUGGACGAGAUUACGAUCCCGAGCCGGACGGGCCGCGGCGUCCUCCGCCGCGUGCCUGAAGUGUUUGACUGUUGGUUCGAGUCGGGGUCGAUGCCAUAUGCGCAGCAGCACUACCCGUUUGAGAACAAGGACAAGUUCCACGAUGGGUUUCCCGCCGACUUUAUCGCAGAAGGGUUGGACCAGACCCGCGGGUGGUUUUACACGCUCAUGGUGAUCGGCACUGCCUUGUUUGACCAACCACCGUUCAAAAACUUGAUUGUAAACGGCCUCGUGCUCGCCGAAGACGGCCGCAAGAUGAGCAAGUCGCUCAAGAACUACCCCGACCCCGCCGAUAUCUUUUCCAAGUACGGCGCCGACGCGCUCCGAUUGUACCUGAUCAACUCGCCCGUGGUCCGCGCCGAACCGCUCAAGUUCCAGGAAGCUGGCGUCAUGGGCAUCAUCCGCGACCUGUUCCUCCCAUGGUAUAACUCUGCGCGAUUCUUUGUGCAAAACGUCGACCGGCUGGAGCGCGACACGACGGUGUUUGUGCCCACGACCGCCGUCGCGUACACCAACGUCAUGGACGCAUGGAUCGUCGCGGCGCUGCACAGCUUGAUCCAGUUUGUCCGCGCUGAAAUGGCCGCGUACCGGCUGUACACGGUGGUGCCGCGCCUCGUCGGGUUUAUCGACCAGCUGACCAAGUGGUACGUACGGCUGAACCGGAACCGACUCAAGGGGGCGGAAGGCCCCGAGGCGGCGCAAGUCGCGUUGUCUGCGCUGUUUGACGUCUUGUACACGCUGUGCAAGCUCAUGGCGCCGUUCACGCCCUUCUUGACCGAGUACAUGUAUCAGUUUUUGAAGCUGUACCACCCCAAGGCGACUUUGGCGUCUUCGCUCGCCACGCGCCACGAAGAUAGCGACGGCUCGGCCAAGAGCAUCCACUUUUUGAUGAUCCCAGACGUGGAUGAAACCCGAUUGAAUGACAAGGCCGAACAGCGCAUGGCGACGCUGCAGAGCGUCAUCGAGAUGGGCCGCGUCGUCCGCGAACGCCGCAAUAUUAGCCUCAAGAACCCCGUCAAACGUGUGGUGGUUGUGUGCAGCGAUGCCGCCGUGCUAGCCGACUUGAAGGACGUGUCGGUGUACAUUCACGAUGAAUUGAACAUGCGGGACUUGGAGUUUGCCGCCGACGAAAAGGCGUGGUGCACGCUCAAGGUGGAAGUAAACAACAAAGUAUUGGGCAAAAAGCUGGGCAAGGGGCUCGCCGCCGUGAAAAAGCAAGUCGAAGCGUUGACCCACGAGCAGGCGCUGCAGUACCAAACCACCCAAACCAUCACUUUGAACGAUAACGUGGUGCUUUCUGGGGACGAUUUGCUCGUCAAGCGCGACUUCAAGGGCGACAAGUCCAUCUACGAAGCCGAUGUGUCGCCAGAUGGCCGCCUCAUGGUCGUAAUCGAUGUCCGCGAAGAUGACGCCCUUCGAAGCCAAGGAUUUGCGAGGGAGUUUGUCAACCGAGUGCAAAAGCUGCGCAAGAAGGCGGGGCUGGUCGUGGGUGACAAGGUUCACGUGUACUUUCAAGAAGGCGACGCGAAUGCUGGUCCGAUUUCCCAGGCAGUCGAGCAAUUUGUGGCGACGGUCGCGGGCACACUUGGCACGGUACCCGCCCCGCUAUCGCUCAAGCCCCACAACAGCGUGACGAUUGUGUCGGAAGUGUCGGAGUUUGCGGGGUCGUCGGUCGAGAUCUUUGUCGCGCGGCCUGCCAUCUUGUUUGCCGACAUCACUGAAAACAACGACGUGGCCCUGCAACAUGCGCAUGCAUAUGUGGCCACGAUGGAGUACGCCAAGGUGCGCGACAUUGUGGCGGCGGAUGCCGAGGGCGCGAUCACCGUGACCAUCCAAGAUGAAGUGGUGCAGCUGGUCAACAACAAAGACCUGUUCUUUGAGCCUAAGGACAAGGUCGCCCACACCCCUACGUUGAGCGCGACGUUCAAGUGGAUGGUCUAAUAAAGAGUCCACGGCGACUAACUGGCUGCAUACACGCUACCGACAGUCGAUAGAUAGACACAUGUAUAUGCUUGUGUUUGUAAACUCAAAAUUGUAUGACGUGCGUACUAUAUUGCCAGA